UCCCAUCCCUUCUCCAUCGAUUAAUUCUCUUUUCUUUUCCACCUUUCCAGGUUCCAAUCUUUUUACUCCGGAUUACUCGCCCUUUUGCCCCUCAGCUCUCGCCAAAGGUACAUUAAAGCCCGUCCGUCCCUCUCGCCCACUGGGUCAAUCUCUCCGCACAUCCCCCACGGCCGUCUUCCGUGUUCCCUCUUUAUAUAACAUUUCCCCAUUUUCUCCCCCCUCCGCCCAUCGUUUCACCGACACAUUCCACUGGUCCUUGCUCUGUGCAUUACAGCAAGACUGACACACGUUCUCUUAAGAUCUCGUUGGGCCGCCUUCUCUUCAAUUAUCAAAGAUAAUAAAAAAGCGCUCUCACAAUUCACCAUGUCGUCCGUUGCGCAAAAACGUCUUUUUCACGAAUACAAGAACCUCUCGACCAACCCUCCGGAUGGCAUCACCGCUGGUCCCGUCACGGAAGAUGACAUGUUCCACUGGGAAGCCUUGAUCCAAGGUCCGGAGGGCACCCCAUUUGAGGGUGGCGUUUUUGCGGCCGAGUUGAAGUUCCCCAAGGAUUAUCCGUUGAGCCCACCGACUAUGAAGUUUGUUGGCGGUGGGGUUUGGCACCCCAAUGUCUACCCUAACGGCACUGUCUGUAUCUCUAUUCUACACCCCCCGGGCGACGAUCCCAACCACUACGAGCACGCCUCGGAACGCUGGUCACCCAUUCAGAGCGUGGAGAAGAUCCUCAUCUCCGUGAUGAGCAUGCUUGCUGAGCCUAAUGACGAAAGUCCUGCCAAUGUCGAGGCGGCCAAGAUGUGGCGUGAGCGACGCAGUGAGUACGAGCGUAAGGUCCGUGACGAGGUCCGGAAAGGUUUAGGGUUGUAAUGGUGUCUUGGGAAGGCCAUGCUUAUUCGUUAUAAACGCUAAAGACAAAAAAGGAGGAGUAUGACGAUGGAAGUACUGUGGUUGGCUGAAAUUUAUAGGAUGCAGUCUCGUCUGCACAUGUGCAUAAACCGUUCUCGCUGUCUUGGGAGAGUGCGUGGCAUAGCUUGUUUGGGUGCAUUGGUGCCGGUGCUGGCGUUUAGUGGUGCGCUCAUUCGUUCUUUUGCGUUUCCUUUUUCCCCCACUCCUUUUUUCACAUGCAGAUAAGAUCAUAAGGUCCGACCCGAUAUCUCUAUCAAUGCACAUAUCAAUCGCGGGUGCCUAUACUUUUGUGUCUUCCUUUGUACCACCAUUCCAAGGCAAAUCGUCACAUCUUCUUC